UGGUUCUAUGUUUUCAGCAAACUUAACCUCACUUUGAUGUUGACAAAUGUUAAAGAAUAAAUAUUUUCAAAUUUUUUAAUUUCAUUUGUGUAUUGUUUAAUCAGUGAAAAGACAGCUGACUAUGGAUUUCGAAGCUCUAGGAGACUUUCAAAAUAUUAAGGAAAGAGUGAUUAAUUUUCACAACAGCAUUGAUAAAUUAGAGAAAAUACUGGAAGUGGCCCUCAGCGAAAGUAUGAAAAAAAAGUACGAGAACUUUUCUCCCAAAGAAAAGACUGAUUUUGAUUUAUUAUUGGCAAUGGAGCUGAAUACGUUAUAUUGGCUACAUCUGAGAAGCACAGGAGAGAAUCCUCUUGAGCAUGAAGUAAUGGGACAACUUUCAAGAGUAAAAGAAUUUAUGAACAAAGCAAAAGAGGCACACGAAAGGAACACAAUACGCCCAAAAUUAGAUGUUCCUGCUGCCAGAAGAUUCAUCAAACAUGGGCUAAAAAAUGAUAGGGAUGGUUCAAACUAAUCCAACAGUUAGUUUCGAAUUCUAUCACAAUAUGUACAUAAGAGACCAUUGCAUGCUGAAGAGCCCAUCAUGUUUGAUCGGAAGUAUCAAACGGCAAGAGCUAUCAGAUGCAUGAUGAACAAAGGGAGAUGCAACUGCAUUGUUAAAAAAAAAUUAUUUGUAAUGUAUGCAGGAAAAUAAAAUAUUGGAAUUACUAA